AAGCCAAAAAAUAUACUAACUUUCAUGAAGUAAUAUCUUUAAAAGGCUUCCUUCCGCUGGAAAAAAUAGUCCCUGACCAUGAACAGCAACAGAAGUUACAUUUAUUAUUCCAUUAGAUGCCGGUACCAAAUGACUAAUGCUUUGACUAGUUCUGUCAGUGUCAGCAGGGCGCCGGAAACCCAUUAAAUGUUAAAAGGACAAGAUCGCUUCAGACAUUCAAACAGAUUUUUUAUAAUGAACAUAGGACUGACCCGAAGGAAAAUGCUAAAUUUGAAUGCAGGUUAUACACUCGGUCACUCUAUAUUUCUUUUACAAUACUCUUCAACAUAAUACAUUAAGCUUCCAAGAACAAAAUAAAUAGAGAAGAAACAUAUGUUUACCAUGUUGCUAAGAGUGGUUGCUAAGACAGACGCAGCAACAUACACAUUCAGUGGCGCAGCGAUACUUAUGUAAUGUGAUCAGCUGUAUGUUUUUGGGAAUUUUACAACGGCUUUGAACACGGCUCAACCAAUCAGAAUCAAGGGCCGGAACUAUCUGUUUUCUAAAAUUGUUUUUAAAGUAUGACAUUUUUGUAAUGGAGGUUGAUUUUACUCUUGAAUAAAACGUUUUUGAAUGAUAUGCUGUGAGGGGUACACAUGACACAGUCACACAUUUGAUAUUCUUGAUGCUGCUGCUGUGCGCUGUAGCCAAUUGCUCUGCAUGUUGUUAGGAUGACAUUUAAUAGGCCUACAUUUUUAGGCUGGCCCGUAUUCCAGCGCGAUGCUUCAGUUUUAAGGUUCAUCAUGGUAAGGUAUCUAGCUAAACAACUGUUUUACGAUAGAAAUGUUAAACGACGGACAGCAAUGCAGUGAUUUACUCGACUUUUUUGUAAAAUGUUGCCAUUUUGAUUUUGAAACGAAUAUAUAGGCUUGCGAUUCUGAUUCAUGUAAUUCGUUUGAAUGUGAUGAGACAAGAAACAUUAACAGAGCCAUUAACUAACCAAGUUAAAAAUAUUUUACACAUAUUUAUAACAUUUAUUUUUUUACCAUAUAAAUUUGAUCUUUAUGCAUGAAAUUAUAACUGAUAUAAAGCUGGCUUUUAAAUUUUUAGGAAUAAUCCUACUAUAUUCUUCACCCAGUAUGAUCAGUAUAAGACCCCAGUGGAGAACAUCGGGCUCCAGGAUUCCUUGCUUUCCCGGUUUGAUCUGCUCUUCAUUGUUCUGGAUCAGAUGGAUCCAGAUAGCGAUCGGGAGAUCUCGGAGCAUGUGCUGCGGAUGCAUCGAUACAGAGUGCCGGGAGAGCAGGAGGGAGCAGCAAUGCCGCUGGGAAGUACAGUAGACGUAUUCGCCACAGACGACCCAAACAUCACAGAAGCAGCUGAGCAGGAGCUACAGAUCUAUGAGAAAAAAGACACUGUCCUGCAUGGCCACAGGAAGAAAAAGGAGAAGGUUGUUACCAUGGAGUUCAUCAGGAAGUACAUCCAUGUUGCUAAGCUGGUGAAGCCGGUCCUGACGCAGGAGGCUUCGGACUACAUAGCAGAAGAGUAUUCCAGUUAUAUAUUACAGUUAUUCCACCAGACUACACUUGGGUUCUCUCACUCUCUUCCCCAAUUCCACUGUGGAAAACUGUCAAAAUGAUAGUUUAUAUUGAAGUGUUUUAUAAUUUUGUAAAUAACAAAGUGUGAAAAAUGUUGGGAAAAAAGUCUGCUCCUUGACUUAGAUAUGUCCAACUCUGUCUAUCCAGCAGCGGUGAAGAUGUUAAUAAUAAAUUAGAAUUGAAUUGGU